AUGGAGCCGUCCUCACCCCACGAUGAGGGCCUGAGGAAGAAACAGCCCAAGAAGCCGGUUCCAGAGAUUCUGCCAAGGCCGCCCCGGGCCUUGUUCUGCUUGACCCUCCAGAACCCCCUGAGGAAGGCCUGCAUCAACAUCGUGGAAUGGAAACCCUUUGAGACCAUCAUCUUGCUCACCAUCUUUGCCAACUGUGUGGCGCUGGCUGUGUACCUGCCCAUGCCAGAAGAUGACAACAACACUCUGAACCUUGGCCUGGAGAAACUGGAGUAUUUCUUCCUCAUUGUUUUCUCGAUUGAAGCCGCCAUGAAGAUCAUUGCCUACGGCUUCUUAUUCCAUCAGGAUGCCUACCUGCGCAGUGGCUGGAAUGUGCUAGACUUCAUCAUUGUCUUCCUGGGGGUUUUCACUGUGAUUCUGGAACAGGUUAACGUCAUCCAAAGCAACACAGCCCCGAUGAGCAGCAAAGGGGCUGGUCUGGACGUCAAGGCCCUGAGAGCCUUCCGCGUGCUCAGACCCCUCCGGCUGGUGUCUGGGGUGCCGAGCCUGCAGGUGGUCCUCAACUCCAUCUUCAAGGCCAUGCUGCCCCUGUUCCACAUCGCCCUGCUCGUCCUCUUCAUGGUCAUCAUCUAUGCCAUCAUCGGGCUGGAGCUCUUCAAAGGCAAGAUGCAUAAGACCUGCUACUUCAUUGGGACAGAUAUUGUGGCCACGGUGGAGAACGAGAAGCCCUCACCUUGCGCCAGGACGGGAUCGGGGCGCCCAUGCACCAUCAAUGGCAGUGAGUGUCGGGGUGGCUGGCCAGGGCCCAACCACGGCAUCACCCACUUCGAUAACUUUGGCUUCUCCAUGCUCACCGUGUACCAGUGCAUCACCAUGGAGGGCUGGACCGACGUUCUCUACUGGGUCAAUGAUGCCAUCGGGAACGAGUGGCCCUGGAUCUAUUUUGUCACCCUCAUUCUGCUGGGAUCCUUUUUCAUUCUCAACCUGGUGCUGGGUGUCCUGAGCGGGGAAUUCACCAAGGAGCGGGAGAAGGCCAAGUCCAGGGGAACCUUCCAAAAGCUCCGGGAGAAACAGCAGCUGGAGGAGGACCUGCGAGGCUACAUGAGCUGGAUCACGCAGGGCGAGGUCAUGGACGUUGAGGACUUGAGAGAAGGGAAGCUGUCUUUGGAUGAAGGAGGCUCUGACACAGAGAGCUUGUAUGAAAUCGAGGGCUUGAACAAAAUCAUUCAGUUCGUUCGCCACUGGAGGCAGUGGAACCGCAUCUUUCGCUGGAAGUGCCAUGAUGUGAUCAAGUCCAAAGUCUUCUACUGGCUGGUGAUCCUGGUCGUUGCCCUCAACACCCUGUCGAUUGCCUCCGAGCACCACAACCAGCCUCUGUGGCUGACCCACUUGCAAGAUGUAGCCAACCGCGUGCUGCUGGCCCUCUUCAUCAUCGAGAUGCUGAUGAAGAUGUACGGGCUGGGUCUGCGCCAGUACUUCAUGUCCCUCUUCAACCGCUUCGACUGCUUCGUGGUGUGCAGCGGCAUCCUGGAGAUCCUGCUGGUGGAAUCGGGCGCCAUGAGCCCCCUGGGCAUCUCCGUGCUGCGCUGCAUCCGCCUCCUCAGGAUCUUCAAGAUCACCAAGUACUGGACAUCUCUGAGCAACCUGGUGGCGUCCCUGCUCAACUCCAUCCGCUCCAUCGCCUCGCUCCUGCUGCUGCUCUUCCUCUUCAUCAUCAUCUUCGCGCUGCUGGGCAUGCAGCUCUUCGGGGGAAGGUACGACUUCGAGGACACGGAGGUGCGGCGCAGCAACUUCGACAACUUCCCGCAGGCCCUCAUCAGCGUCUUCCAGGUCCUGACCGGUGAAGACUGGAACUCCAUGAUGUACAAUGGGAUCAUGGCCUACGGCGGACCAUCCUACCCCGGGGUGCUCGUGUGUGUUUAUUUCAUCAUCCUUUUCGUCUGUGGCAAUUAUAUCCUGCUCAAUGUCUUCCUGGCCAUCGCUGUGGACAACCUGGCUGAGGCCGAGAGCCUGACUUCUGCCCAGAAGGCCAAGGCUGAGGAGAGAAAGCGCAGAAAGAUGUCCAAGGGUCUCCCAGACAAGUCAGAGGAGGAGAAGUCAGUGAUGGCCAAGAAGCUGGAACAGAAACCCAGGGGCGAGGGCAUCCCUACCACCGCCAAGCUGAAAAUCGAUGAGUUUGAAUCUAACGUCAAUGAAGUAAAGGAUCCUUACCCUUCAGCUGACUUCCCAGGCGAUGAUGAAGAAGAUGAGCCUGAGAUCCCCGUGAGCCCCCGACCACGCCCCUUGGCUGAGCUGCAGCUGAAAGAGAAGGCGGUGCCCAUUCCAGAAGCCAGCUCCUUCUUCAUCUUCAGCCCCACCAACAAGAUCCGUGUCCUGUGUCACCGCAUUGUCAAUGCCACCUGGUUCACCAACUUCAUCCUGCUCUUCAUCCUGCUCAGCAGUGCCGCCCUGGCCGCCGAGGACCCCAUCCGGGCUGAGUCUGUGAGGAAUCAGAUCCUUGGGUAUUUUGACAUUGCAUUCACCUCUGUCUUCACUGUGGAGAUUGUCCUCAAGAUGACGACCUAUGGUGCCUUCCUGCACAAGGGCUCCUUCUGCCGCAACUACUUCAACAUCCUGGACCUGCUGGUGGUGGCCGUGUCCCUCAUCUCCAUGGGACUUGAGUCCAGCGCCAUCUCCGUGGUGAAAAUCCUGAGGGUGCUGAGGGUGCUCCGACCCCUCCGGGCCAUCAACAGAGCCAAAGGGCUGAAGCACGUGGUGCAGUGCGUGUUUGUGGCCGUCCGCACCAUCGGGAAUAUCGUCCUGGUCACCACGCUCCUGCAGUUCAUGUUCGCCUGCAUCGGCGUCCAGCUCUUCAAGGGGAAGUUCUUCAGCUGCAAUGACUUAUCCAAGAUGACAGAGAAGGAGUGCAGGGGCUAUUACUAUGUGUACAAGGAUGGGGACCCCACGCAGAUGGAGCUGCGCCCACGCCAGUGGGUACACAGUGAUUUCCACUUUGACAACGUGCUCUCGGCCAUGAUGUCACUCUUCACAGUCUCCACCUUUGAGGGAUGGCCUCAGCUACUUUACCAGGCCAUAGACUCAUACAAGGAGGACAUGGGCCCCAUCUACAACAACAGAGUGGAGAUGGCCAUCUUCUUCAUCAUCUACAUCAUCCUCAUUGCCUUCUUCAUGAUGAACAUCUUUGUGGGCUUCGUCAUUGUCACCUUCCAGGAGCAGGGAGAGACUGAGUACAAGAACUGUGAGCUGGACAAGAACCAGCGCCAGUGUGUGCAGUACGCCCUGAAGGCCCGCCCGCUGAGGUGCUAUAUCCCCAAGAACCCGUACCAGUAUCAGGUGUGGUAUGUCGUCACCUCGUCCUACUUCGAGUAUCUGAUGUUUGCCCUCAUCAUGCUCAACACCAUCUGCUUGGGCAUGCAGCACUACAACCAGUCAGAGGAGAUGAACCACAUCUCAGACAUCCUCAAUGUGGCCUUCACCAUCAUCUUCACCCUGGAGAUGGUCCUCAAGCUCAUGGCGUUCAAGGCCAGGGGCUAUUUUGGUGACCCCUGGAAUGUGUUUGAUUUCUUGAUUGUCAUCGGCAGCAUCAUCGACGUCAUCCUCAGUGAAAUCGACACUUUCCUGGCCUCCAGCGGAGGACUGUAUUGCCUGGGUGGAGGCUGCGGGAACGUUGACCCGGACGAGAGCGCCCGUAUCUCCAGCGCCUUCUUUCGCCUGUUCCGGGUCAUGAGGCUGAUCAAGCUGCUGAGCCGGGCAGAGGGAGUUCGCACUCUGCUGUGGACCUUCAUCAAGUCCUUCCAGGCCCUGCCCUACGUGGCCCUCCUCAUCGUCAUGCUCUUCUUCAUCUACGCGGUCAUCGGCAUGCAGAUGUUUGGUAAGAUCGCCAUGGUGGACGGGACCCAGAUAAACCGUAACAACAACUUCCAGACCUUCCCGCAAGCUGUGCUGCUGCUCUUCAGGUGUGCAACAGGCGAGGCAUGGCAGGAGAUCCUGUUGGCCUGCAGCUACGGCAAGUUGUGCGACCCUGAGUCAGAUUAUGCCCCGGGUGAGGAGUACACAUGUGGCACCAACUUCGCCUACUACUACUUCAUCAGCUUCUAUAUGCUCUGUGCCUUCCUGAUCAUCAACCUCUUUGUUGCUGUCAUCAUGGACAACUUUGACUACCUCACGCGGGACUGGUCCAUUCUGGGCCCUCAUCACCUGGAUGAGUUCAAGGCCAUUUGGGCAGAGUAUGACCCAGAGGCUAAGGGCAGAAUCAAACACCUGGAUGUGGUGACCCUGUUGAGACGGAUCCAGCCCCCUCUGGGCUUUGGGAAGUUCUGUCCCCACCGGGUGGCCUGUAAGCGGCUGGUGGGCAUGAACAUGCCCUUGAACAGCGAUGGCACGGUCACCUUCAACGCCACCCUCUUUGCCCUGGUCCGCACGGCACUCAAGAUCAAGACGGAAGGUAACUUUGAGCAGGCCAAUGAGGAGCUGAGGGCCAUCAUCAAGAAGAUCUGGAAGAGAACCAGCAUGAAGCUCCUGGACCAGGUCAUUCCUCCAAUAGGAGAUGAUGAGGUGACUGUGGGGAAGUUCUACGCCACGUUUCUGAUCCAGGAGCACUUCCGGAAGUUCAUGAAGCGCCAGGAAGAGUAUUAUGGGUAUCGGCCCAAGAAGGACACCAUACAGAUCCAGGCCGGACUGCGGACCAUUGAGGAAGAGGCCGCCCCAGAGAUCCGCCGUACCAUCUCAGGAGACCUGACGGCAGAAGAGGAGCUGGAGAGAGCCAUGGUGGAGGCUGCGAUGGAGGAAGGGAUAUUCAGGAGGACUGGAGGCCUCUUUGGACAGGUGGACAACUUCCUGGAAAGGACCAACUCCCUGCCCCCUGUCAUGGCCAACCAGAGACCCCUCCAGUUUGCUGAGAUAGAGAUGGAAGAGCUGGAAUCACCUGUCUUCUUGGAGGAUUUCCCUCAAGAUCCACGCACCAACCCUCUGGCUCAUGCCAAUACCAACAAUGCCAAUGCCAACAUUGCCUAUGGCAACAGCAACCAUAGCAACAGGCAGGUGUUUUCAAACCUCCACUAUGAAAGGGAGUUCCCUGAAGAGACAGAGACGCCUGCUGCCAGAGGAGGAGCCUUUGGUCAACCCCGAAGGGUCCUGGGACCCCACAGCAAAUCCUAUGUGGAAAAGCUAAAAGAACAGCUGACCCAGAGAGAAAUGCCCAGAUCCCAAGCAUCUCCUGCCCCUUGCCAGCGUGCCAGCGCCGAGCCUCCCCUGCCUGAGGAGAGGAGGAGGCACAGCCCAGGGUCUCCGCCUGAGCAAGCGUCCCACAGCAGUAGGACCAAGCACAGUAGUUCCCAGUGCCAGACUCCAGCGACAGCCCAGCUGAUUCAAGAGGCUCUGGUUCGAGGCGGCCUGGACACCUUGGCGGUUGACGCCUUUGUCAUGGCGACUGGUCAGGCCCUGGCAGACGCCUGCCAGAUGGCACCAGAGGACAUGGAGGUGGCAGCCACAGAACUGCUGAAAAGACAAGAGUCCCCAGAGGGCCUGACCAGGGCCCGGGGACGCUGGAGCCUCAGGUCCUCGCUGGGCAGCCUUGACCAGCAUCAGGGCUCCCAGGAGACCCUGAUCCCCCGCAGGCUGUGAAGACCCUCACAGCAGGGGCUUAGAGCUAGCAUCCCCCCAUGGUGAGGGCGGGGUGGCUGGGGCAGAGAAGGGUUAGCCCCCUGCAGAGACCCCUCUCUCUCUCCGAGUCUCAGUGGAUGGGCUGAGUAGGGGUAGUCAGGAACCACUGAAAAAAGAUCAGGAAGAAGUUGACUGACAGGCCGUUCUUCUCACCAGCAAGAGGCACGGUUGGAUGGAGCUUCCAACGUCAUUCAAAUAGACCCAUCAGUGCCAGUGUCUGGCUGG